AUGAGCCAUUCAAAAAAAGUAAUUUAAAAAACAAAUCUAUAUUAUAAUUAAGAAAUAUUAAGAAAACUUCUUCAAGGUAUUUAUUUUUUAGAAAUUAUUAUUAAUGAUAUUACAAUGAGAGUAACUGGUUAUUUUGAAAAAUAUAAUUUAGAACCUUCUGUGGUUUUAGUUUUACAUUAUCAUAAAGUUAAAAAGGAAUCUUAUUAAAAAAGUGAACCAAAUUAAACCUAUGAGUUAAGAAAUUGGAGUAAGUAGAAAUUCAAUGUUAAUAUUACAAUUUAAGGGAUUUUAAUCAUAAGCAUUAAAAAGUAUGUAUAUUCCAAAAAAAGAGCAUCAUUUUGUUGUAUUGAUAGUUUUGUUUAGGCUAUGGAGGGUGUUUCUAAUUAAUUAAUUUAGAUAUGA